AUGAAGUUCUCCGCUUACGCUCUUGUUUCCCUCCUUGCCAUCUCCGCUCAGGCGCAACGAAGCGAGCUCUCAUCCAUCAAGGACGAAGUAUCCUCUGCCGUCGGCGAAGCAUCAAGCGCGAUCGACAGCGCCAAGGACUCCAUCACAUCCGCCAUUGCGAGCAAGACCAAGGAAGCUGCCUCGGAUGCUUCCAGCAUCACCAGCCACAUCAACGACAUCAAGUCUAGCAUCUCGACAGCAAAGGGAGCUGCUUCAACCUCUCUCCGCUCAGCUCUAGAGUCUGCUAGCAGCGCUCUUGAUAGUGCCAAGGCUAGUGCGACUGCGACCGGUACGAGCACGUCCAAGGCUGGUGGUUCGAUGCCCACUGCGGCUAUUGCCAUGGGAGCUAUGAUGGGUGGAGCUGCUAUCUUUGUUAACAUGUAA